AUGAUCAGUGGCCAAUAUCGCAGCUUCAGCAAUGGGUUCAGCCAAAGUCGACUUGAAACCCUGGAUAGACCCGCACAAUCGACGGCUCCAAGAAGUCGGCGCAAGAGCAGGGCCAAUACGUGGGAUUUCUUUGAUUCCAAUACACUCGAAUUUGCGCAAAAUAGCCGACUGCCGGCCGCCUUCUUCGAUGAUCUGAACACAUUGCACGAGAAAGUGAGGCUAGGAAAGGACGAACAAGCAAAGCAGGAUGAGCCUGAGCUGUCACAGCGCCUGCUUGAGGAACAAAUGACCCUUUUGAAGUCUGUAAGAGAUCUCGAGGGAAAGCUGGCCGAGGCCAAGGCCAGCCUGAACAGCUCAAUACACAAGAAGCCUCCCACAUCAGAACAUGCCACAGCAUUGACACCCGUGGUCUCGAAGCAGCCGGCGGUUGUGCUGUCAAAAGAUGACUACAAGAAUUUGGUGGAUCUCUAUUUCUUUUCUCACAGCAAUCGUUUCGACCCGGAAUCGCCUCACUCGUCUCCGACGCCGAAAGUCCUGGAAGACUACGUGUUUAAGCUUUCUGAAGACUUUGCGCCGCCGCAAGCGUAUGCGGAAUUUUAUGCGGAUGAUGAAGGUUACGAGUCGCCUCUCAAGGAGGUAGAGAAGAUGCUCAAAUCAAAGCAGCUGCGCGAGAUUUCUGCCUUCAAAGCCUUUGUCGAUCUGCUUCUUGACAAUCACUCCUCAAAUGCAGCACUAUUCAGAGCUUACAAGGGGCUGCCACAACCAGGUGUGGCUUUUCUUCCCAAAGGGACAAUCAGAUUGUUUCUACAACGCAUGUCAACCCCCUGGCAGAAGUCCGAAAAGUCAAUGAUAAGGUACCUGUCCCUGAUUGACGACAUGCAAAAGGCCAAUCUGCCGAUCGCAAGGUCGGAAUGGGCGUCUGCUAUAUAUUUGGCUGGCAGGUCUUUCUCCAAAGUGACAGACUCGGAACUCAACGCCGCGCUGCGGCUGUGGAGGCAAAUGGAACAGGAAGCUGGCGUACAGGCUCACAAUGUCACUUUCAACAUUCUCUUUGACAUUGCAGUGAGGGCCAACAAAUAUCCACUGGCUCAGAUGAUCCUGAAAGAGAUGCAUGAUCGAGGUCUUCAUCUCAAUAGGCUUGGUCGUGUCAGCGUUAUCUAUUAUCAUGGGCUACGAGGCGACGGAGAUGCUGUUCGAAAAGCUUACCGCGAUUUUGUCGAUGCCGGGGAAAUUGUCGACACCCUUGUGCUGAAUUGCGUCAUGGCAGCGCUAUUCAACGCUCAAGAACCGGCGGCGGCAGAGCAAAUAUACGAGCGGAUGAAGAGUCUUCAUAUCAAUACGCGUCGAGAAGUGCGAAGUGACGGCACAAUAGCAUCAUACCGACAGUACCCAGGCCCAGGACCGGAGCUGAUCCACCGCGAGCUGGCAGCCAACUCUCUAAGGCGAGUGUUGCUCUUUGCGCGCAGAUUGAAACACCUUCUGCCGGAGCAUCACAAGGAGGCACAAGAGUUGAUGCCUUUGAGACCAGACCACACAACCUUUCGGACUAUGAUCUCUUACCAUGCAAAUGUAUCUGGAAACCUCAAUCGAAUCACAGUGUUGAUCAACGAAAUGUCCGAGGUAUUCGGUCUGCCCUUGCAGAGCAUUCACUACCAACUGCUGUUCAAGGGGUUUGCUCUCCAUGGUGCCACAAGGAACCCGCAUGCGACUUGGAAUCUACACCGGCUAAAUCUGGCCUGGGAAGCUUGUCGCAAAGACAUCCGAGAAGGUCAAAUGGCUCGCAGGCGCGCAAGGCAGACGAAAUCCGAUCACCACACACUGCCUUCGAUCGACAUCAUCAAUGAAAUCUCUGAAGAAGGGGAGCAAUCUGUACGUGGAGAACAAAAAGCAUUCAAACGCAUGAGCGAAUGGGACGACUUUGUCCUCGACCUCGCCGCGUUUCCUAGAGAGCGGAGGAAACACAUCGAAAGGAUCCACGCCGAGCUCUUUGACGAGGAGAGAGAGAAGCGAGAACCUCUCAUCCGGUAUCCCUUUUCUCGGUCUACGAAGGAACCGCCACCACAUGAUCAGAACACCUAUUACCCAUUGGGAGAGCGAAAAUUAGACCAAGAGGAAGGAGAAUAUGUGCUGCCGUCGCCAACCCGGGCAAUUGCUCCGUCAAGCAACAAGCUUCACGAUGGCUUUACAUCCGAGGAUACUAUCGAGGAAACCAUCAAUAUUGACCCAGAAGCGGAUUUACCAGACACCGAAUCGCCUAGAACUAGGACGGGAGCCCGCAACAACGACACAUCAUCAACAACCUUUCCAGACGCUUCUGAGGCGACGACGACGACAGACUCCUCUCAUCAUUCGGAGGCCGACGCCGAAGACGGCCGUGACGUGCCCCCUAUCCCCUUCACCUCGCGGUAUCAGGUCGAAGCCACGCGCCCGCUGGUCUGCUGGCUGCUGCGCGCCUACGCCAACGCCACGGGGUCGCGCCAGCAGGUCGAAGCGAUCUGGGACUCGGUCCGUCCGCUGUGGCGCUCGCGCGAGCCCAACGACCAGGCCGCGGUGGUUCGGGUGUUGAGGCGAUGUCUGAGGAAUUGUGAUCGGUAUGGUCCGCCUUUGUGA